AUGGCAGUACCUUUGUUUAGGCAUGGGUUUGAAAUUGUAAAACCACAUAUGAAAACAGCAGCACAGGGUAUAGCAAAGGAUGUGGUGAGCCGUGUGUCCUCAGCUGUUAUGAAUAAAAUGAAUAAUGGUCCACAAGAGGGAACUGGCAUUGUGUAUAUUGCUAACAAGAGAAAAACAAAAAGAAAGCAUGAUAUUGCUUUUCCACCAAUGUUAACACAACACAUAAUUAAAAACCGUGCACGCAAAAGCAGAAAGAGACAGAGGCCACCAAGGCGUUCACCAGCAAUUAUUGAAAAUGCACCUUUAGAGUUCUAUAUAGCUGGAAGUGGAGAUCAUUAUUUUGAUCUGAACAACACCCUUUUGUUCAUAACAUGCAAAAUUGUUAAACAAGACAAUACACCACCUCCUGAGGGGGCCCGAGUCAGCCUCAUCAACUAUACAUUGUCCACAGUGUUUAAUCAAGUGGAUGUCACAUUAGGAGACAGACUUGUAUCACAAUCAAAUAAUCUUUACGCUUACCGUGGGUACAUUGAAACAAUUCUUAAUUAUAGUGCUGAUACACUAUCAACGCAAUUCACAGGUGGACUGUUUUAUAAAGAUACAGCGGGGCACCAUGACACACGUGCCUUGGGUGGAGACAAUCAAGGUUUUAACAAAAUAGCGCACAUGUUAGAAAGGGGUAAAACUAUUGAAUUACUAGGUCAUCUUCACAGUGACCUGUUUUUCCAAGAAAAGUUAAUGUUAAACGGAAUUGAUUUGAAAAUAAAACUUACUAGAAAUAAAGAUGCAUUUUGUCUUAUGUCUGCAGAAGCAGAACAGUAUAAAGUACAAAUCUUGAAAGCAUCACUUUUUGUCAAAAGAGUGCAAAUAUCACCAGCAGUGCGAAUAGGUCAUGCGCAAGGCCUGCUAACAGCAAAUGCAAAAUAUGCUCUGGAUAGAGUCGGACUGAAAGUGUAUUCUAUCGCUGCAGGUAGCCGUGUAUGUAAUCAAGAAAAUUUAUUUCUGGGACAAUUACCAAAGCUUGUGGUUAUAGGAUUUGUAGACAAUGAUGCCUUCUCAGGAGCUUAUGACAAGAAUCCACUAUGUUUCAAACACAACCAUGUAAAUUUUGCUGCACUCUAUCUGGAUGGUGAGCAAAUACCAACAAAGCCAUUUCAACCAGAUUUUGAAAAUGGAAAUGCAGUACGUGAAUAUAUUUCUCUAGUGAACAUUGCAGGAAAGCAGAAUUGUAGCUCUGCAAUCCUAAUUAACAGAGAUGAAUAUAUAAAUGGAUACACACUUUUUGCCUUUGAUCUCACACCCGAUGGAGAAAGUGGUUCUCAUUACUCUCUUAUACGUAGCGGUAAUCUCAGAGGUGAAAUUCGAUUUUCAAGAGCACUUGAGAGAACUGUUAACAUGAUUGUAUACAGUGUUUUUGACAACAUUAUUGAAAUCAAUCAAAGACGAGAAGUUUUGUAUGAUUAUUUAUAA